AUGCACGCGGACACGGACACAGAUAUGGACACGGAUACGGACACAGUAGCCCUCUGUCCAUCAGGCGGUGGGGCUUCCUCCCCAGGGAUACCAAAACCAGGUGAGGGGGAUACCACAGCCAUGAACAAGCGAGACAAGCUACUAGCAGGCUUGGAACGGGCUGGGCUGUCCCCAGCGGGGGGUGCUCCUCGACGGAGAGGCAGUAUGCCUGUGCCCUACAAACACCAGCUGAGACGGGCCCAGGCAGUGGAUGAGUUGGACUGGCCACCCCAAGCCUCAUCCUCUGGUUCCUCUGACUCUCUGGGUUCAGGAGAGGCAACACCAGCUGGGAAGGGUGGUGUCUUCAAGGUGAUGCUUCUGGGUGAGAGCGGCGUGGGCAAAAGUGCCCUGGCAGGCACUUUCGGAGGACUCCAAGAUGACAAUGCUCAUGAACCUGAGAAUACAGAGGACACCUAUGAAAGACAUAUCAUAGUGGAUAAAGAAGAGGUGACAUUGGUGGUGUAUGACAUCUGGGAGCAGGGAGAGUCAGGUAGCUGGCUCAGAGAACAUUGCCUUCAGACUGGGGAUGCCUUCCUCAUCGUAUUCUCUGUCACUGACCGAAGAAGCUUCUCCAAAGUGCCUGAGACCUUGCUUCGGCUUCGGGCUGGUCGUCCCCACCAUGAUCUACCCAUCAUCCUAGUGGGCAACAAGAGUGACCUUGCUCGUUCCAGGGAAGUCUCACUAGAAGAGGGCCGCCACCUGGCGGGGAUGCUGAGCUGCAAGCACAUCGAGACGUCGGCCGCGCUGCACCACAACACGCGGGAGCUGUUCGAGGGCGCCGUGCGCCAGAUCCGCCUGCGCCGCAGCCGGGCCCGAGCGGCCGCCGCCAACCCCGAGGGCCCCGACGGCGCCGCGCAGCCGCAGCCCCAGCCCCCGCCGCCGCCCGCGCGCCGCGAGAGCCUCACCAAGAAGGCCAAGCGCUUCCUGGCCAACCUGGUGCCCCGCCACGCCAAGUUCUUCAAGCAGCGCUCCAAGUCGUGCCACGACCUCUCCGUUCUCUGA